AUGGCGAUACUUCCCAACUUACCUGCUGGGGAAUCGCCGAAUCUAUCUCCGGUAGAGCUUGCACAGCUCCUCUCCCGGCUAAAGCAGUCUGUGCUGCAUCCGAGCCCCGAACGCGAACGAAGGCUGCGCAACAGCGAGUUUGAGAGGACAAGGGUCGAGGCUAACCUUCAAUAUGCGCGAGCGGCGCUUACGAAGCUAGAGCAGACGUUGCCGGGACGGAGGACGGAUACGCAGGGCGAUCUCACGGCACAAAAGGAAACGCUGGACCUACUGUUUGAUCGGCUAGAGGAUCUAAGAAAGGUGGCCGUGGACGAAGACGACUCAUCCGAAGGCGAAGACCUCCUGGGAGACAUCAUACAAACGCCGAGCGAGAGCCAGGACUCUAGACGGUCGUCGAAUGCGCCGGCAGGAGAAAGCUACUUUGAAAACGAAAUACCAGAUGCAGAACCCCCCUCACCCCCUCCACCAGCUGAAUCUAUACCCGAGCCCUCUGCGACGACUGCUAUUGCACCCACCGAAACUACCAGCGAAACCCUCCCUACGCAAACGAGCCAAACAUUGCGCGCCCGCCCCUCCGCUUCAUCCCCAACUCCCUCAGCUCACAGCACAGCUCGUGCUGCUCUGUUCGCCAACCGCGCCCAACCCGCGAGUCCUCAAGCAACGACGGCUACAGCAGAAGCCAUCCUAGACCAGCAGCGCGUGGAGCAAGAUGCCAUCUCAAACUCUAUUCUCAUGAUGGCGAGUCAACUAAAAGAGAGCUCCAAGAGCUUUUCGGCAACCCUCGAGGAAGACAAGAAUUUACUGGAUGCCGCUGGGUCUAGCAUGGAGAAAUCGGGGCAUAGCAUGGAAGCAGCCCAGGGGCGGAUGGGGUCUCUCAGGAGAAUGACUGAGGGGAAGGGUUGGUGGGGGAGGAUGAUGCUGUAUGCGUGGAUAUAUGGCUUGAUGGUGUCGUUGAUACUGUUGGUGUUUGUGUUUCCAAAACUGAGAUUCUGA